GUUACGAAGAGGUGGAGUAACACCAGCUGAGGCUUAACGUGCUAAUACACACUAAGGAUUAAUAAGCUCUCUCCGUCAGUUGUUCUGGAGGCUGCUUGGUGGAGUUGGAAGCCUCUGUGGUGAAUAUCAAUAGUUCAGGGCUUGACGCAGAUGGUGGCGAUGAGGGUUGUCCCCGCAGGGCCGUUGUGUGACGGGCAUGCAUGAGAGACAAAUGCCACUCCAUGUCAACAUGCUGUGAGGACUUACCGUCAUCGCAUGUUCCUCACGAUCUCGUGCUGGGUGUUUAGGGUACACAGACGUCGUGCUAAUACAAGCACCUGGUACCUGUGCUGAUACUUCUCUCUGACAGUCUACAGCUGACAUUUCCCAGGUUUGGAGCAGUGGCCCUAAACGAUGACGGACGCUGAGCAGCGGAAUCGCGUGGUUCUGCUUGGUGCUGGCGGUGUGGGGAAGAGCUCAAUCCUGAAGAGGUUCCUCUUUAAUACAUAUACAGAGGAGUACAAGGAGACGGUAGAGGACCUCUAUUGCCGAGAGUACGAUCUUCACGGAACUAGCAUCAAGGUCGACUUCUUGGAUACCGCUGGAAAUUUUGCGUUCCCGGCCAUGCGCAAGCUAUCAAUGACAACAGCACAUGGGUUUAUCCUCGUGUACUCCAUUACCAGUCAGGCAUCGUUUGACGAGCUCAAGAAGUUAUGGGAACAGAUCAAAGAAGAACGCGUCAACUUCCAGGAGAUCCCGAUCGCUAUUGUCGGUAACAAGGUCGAUAUGGAGAACGACAGACAGAUCGAGAAAUUUGACACGCUGAACUGGAUCUAUAGUGAGGGGUUUUGUGGGGGGUUUGUCGAAGUUUCUGCAAAAGAAGAUGAAAGUAUUUCCGAUAUUUUUAGAAUUCUCCUUGAUCAGUCACGAGGAGGAGUACACAGGCAUUUUGAGCCAAUCGCCAACCGCAGAGUGAGCACGAACUCCCUCGACGAGACUGAGACGGAAAAGGCCGAAGAAUGGGAUAGUGAUGCAAAAAAGUUCAACCGUAGUCGAAGUCUCAUCCGUCGUGGUAGCAAGCCCCGAAUGAAAAGGUCGCCGCGCCACCACGGCAAAAAUGACUGUGCUAUGUCCUGAUGGCGUGGUACAACAGUGUGUUGCCAGGGCUGGAUGUGCCCAACUUCAAGUUCGUGGUAAGUUUUUCGCCUGGAUACUGGAGUAAAUGUCUGACGAACACCGGCCAGCCUUAGCAGCAGAGGGCGUGUGACGUAGAACAAUGCUCAACUUUAUUCAAUGGAUGUGUGUUUUGUUAACUGAUGUGAGUAUGAUGUAUUGCUCGUUAAGCUCCUAGUUGACUGCACCAAACUGAAGAGACAAUGCAUUGAAAAGUUAUUGUAUUGUGACAAUACACCACACCUCAGUGGUAACCAGCCCCUUCCCCCGCGGGGUAGCUGUUCAGU